AUGAUCGGGCAGAAGACUCUCCACUCCUUUUUCUCCCCCAGCGCCCCUAGGAAGCGGCGCUCUUGCCCAGAUCCGCCGGAGGACCCUGGCUCGGAGGCGGUGGCGGCGGCGGAGAGCAAGGAUGCCUCGGCCAGCCCUGCCAAGAAGAGCCGGCCCGAGGGCGAACUUGGCGCCCCCUCCUCGCCCCUGAGCCCCGAGCAGCUGGACCGGAUCCAGAAGAACAAGGCAGCGGCCCUGCUCAAGCUCGCCUCCCGAAAUAUCCCCACUGACUUCGGGGAGAGCUGGAAGCGGCCCCUGAGCGCCGAGUUUGGCAAGCCUUAUUUCCUAAAGCUAAUGGGAUUUGUUGCAGAAGAACGAAAACAUCAUACCAUUUACCCACCUCCACACCAAGUCUUCACCUGGACACAGCUGUGUGAAAUUAGAGAUGUAAAAGUUGUCAUCUUGGGCCAGGACCCCUACCAUGGACCCAACCAAGCUCAUGGACUCUCCUUUAGUGUUCAGAGACCUGUUCCACCCCCUCCAAGCUUGGAAAAUAUCUAUAAAGAGUUGUCGACAGAUAUAGAUGGCUUUACCCAUCCCGGUCAUGGAGAUUUGUCUGGAUGGGCCAAACAGGGUGUCCUCCUCCUCAAUGCUGUGCUCACGGUCCGAGCCCACCAGGCCAAUUCCCACAGGGAGAGAGGGUGGGAGCAGUUCACCGAUGCUGUGGUGUCUUGGUUAAAUCAGAACUUGAAUGGCCUGGUCUUCGUGCUCUGGGGAUCCUAUGCACAGAAGAAAGGCCUCUCCAUCGACAGGAAGCGCCACCACAUCCUGCAGACUGUCCACCCCUCUCCGCUCUCGGCCUAUCGAGGGUUCUUCGGAUGCAAGCAUUUCUCCAAGACCAACGAGUUGCUCAAGAAGUCUGGCAAGAAGCCAAUUGAUUGGAAAGCUCUUUGAAGUCCUUGGAGCUGGACUGGACAGAAGGGUCUGUCUCUUGGCUUUGAAAAGCUCUUUUUGGUUGGGGGCCCUGGGGUGGGGAAUUUGUCUAAUCACCAAAGUCUAAUUGAGAAAACAAGGAUGGGGUCCCCGCUUGGGCCUGAGAAGUAUCCCGAAAGAUGGAAGGUGGCCCUGAGCCAGAGCAUCUGCUCAGGACCCAACUGUUGGUCUAAGACUUUCUCAAGAUGAUUAAUGGGGAAAGGAUGCACCUUUAUUGGAGGCAGCUGAAAGGCUGGUUUGCAUUGGCUAGCCCCGCUUGUCCACCUUGUCGGUUUGGGUCAUCACAGGAUGAAUGGCUCGUGGUCAUUUGAUUUGCUGGUCAGCGAGGAAAAGCUGAUGAUCCAGAGCCCCCUGGACUCCUUUGGGGCUCCUGAGGGGUCUGCAGGAGGGAGAUGGCCUCUGGAGGCUGAAGGGAGGAAGGGGGCUCGACUUUAGCUCAGGGAAUUGAGGGGAGGAGAUGCUUUUAGAGCCCCCUGCCAUGGGGAACAUUCAGAAAGAUCCGCCAGGAUGAUUCACGCUUUUGGGGGAAGGUGGGAUGUUCUGAUUUUUUGUUCUUUUAACUGAGAUUCCAAAAUGCGAGGUGUUUGCUCAGGAACAUUUCAAAAUGCCAACAGCGAUGGCCCAGGAGGAGGCGAUGUUGGGGCCUUAUUUUUCUCUUGGCCCCUUCUUCCUUUGUCAUAACAAUCCGCAAGUUCUUGGGCCAUCCUGAGAAUACAAACAGGACUUCCUCUCCAAAGGAACAGACAUCCGGUGCGGGAGCAUUCUGGGAACCUGGCAGGAAGCUGGCGGUCUUUAGGAUCAGGGGCUAGGAGUUUGGCCAAGGGGUUCUCAUGGAAAACAUUCCAUCCUUCUAUGCUCCUUACCGUUGGGACAUCCGCACUGAGGGUGUAAAAUGCAUAGCCUGUAAAGUCAGUUUUACAUUUUUAUACGAAGGUUUUGUUCUUUUUUUUAAUAAUUUUUACAAACAGACUUUUAGCUUUUUCUUGGGGGGCUGCAUAAAUCCAUGGGUGUGGGGUGUCUGGCUUGUGCUGCCAUAGGGGCUGUUGGCUGAUCUGGGUAAUAAAAGAUGAUUGGAUUCUUG